GUCGUAACGAAAGUGGGAGAUUUGAGCUGAUCGCUACUGUUCUUCGUUCGCGUUGUUACCGCCAUUUUCGUACCACCUAUCUCAUCCGAUUUGUCAGACUGUUGAUCAUUGGACUUUCCUGUAUGGAGGAUGUAUUCUGUCGUUAUGUGGAACUACAUAAGCAGCGUAUCAGUGGUAUAAUGUACAUUGUACCACUAAUUACUUUGUGGUGCGUACCACAAAGUUUGUUUGUCAGCUAAUGAAAACCUGGCAAGAUAGGCCUUCCAUCCUCAUCGAGUGGAGUAUCACUGAUCUUACACCUCGAUAUCUUUGAGGUUGGUGUCAAUCCUAUCGAAAACUAGGUUUCAUAUUUUUACCACGACGUUUUAAGUAACACAAGAAAUACGUAGAUCGAAGUCGUCGAUUAAUCGUCCUUUGAAAAUGGCUAAGAAGAAAUCAUCACUUGUUAUAACCGACCCAUCUGCAAAUCAUGAUUAUAUCGAUAAAAAAUUUGAUAAAGAACCUUCAGACUUUUGUAAUAUUUGUCUUCUCAUAUUUCUCUACAUUUUGCAAGGCAUUCCUCUUGGACUGUCGUCUGCAGUCCCUUACUUAUUACAAUCAGAUCCAAAAUCGGCUAAUUACCAAUCACAAGCAGCUUUCUCGUUUGCAUUUUGGCCAUUUUCACUUAAAUUAGCUUGGGCUCCAAUAGUGGACUCGUUGUACAGUUCACGUAUAGGAAGACGAAAGACUUGGCUUAUUCCCGUUCAAUAUGCUCUUGGAAUUAACCUACUUAUUAUCGCACUCUAUAUUAACCAGUGGUUGGGGCGUACACCUGAUAACCCAUGGGGCCCAUUAGGUGUCGUGCAUCCAGUGGAUAUUUCACGCUUGACUGUAGCUUUCUUUGGACUUACUUUUCUUGCAGCUACACAAGAUAUUGUAGUAGAUGGAUGGGCACUUACCAUUUUGUCUAGAAAAAACUUGGGAUGGGCUUCCACAUGUAAUACAGUUGGUCAAACAUUAGGUCAUUUAAUUGCGUUUGUCGUCCUCAUGUGUUUAGAAUCACCAGAUAUUUCUAAUAAGUAUAUACGAUUGACUCCUGUUGAAGGUGAAGGACUGAUUACUUUUUCAGGUUUUCUUUAUUUUUGGGGUAUUGUAUUCCUGGUGGCAACCACACUUGUUGGAGUUUUCAAGAAGGAGGUACCUCAUAAUCUGUCCGUUAUAUCAUCUGCUCAUUCUAAUCAACUUGAUAAUUGUUCAAAUGGUCCGGUAAUCUAUUUAAAUCAAACAGAAAACAUCGAAAGACAGUUAUCGUCUAGAAAUCGUAUCGCACAAACAAAUACAGUUGAAAAACAAAUUAGUUGUGAAUCUACUCGAAGUCGUUCACGUACUCCCAGUGGUUGGAGUCGUAUUAUUGAAAUUUCUCCCGAUGAAGAAAUGAAUGUAACUGAAUCAAACAGAGAAUUGUCAUUAUUUGAUACCUAUCGUUUUAUGUUAGGCAUUUGUAAAUUGAAGCCUAUUUUACAAUACAUAUUGUUUUUAUUCAUUGCCAAGGUUUGCUUUUGUCCUGCAGAUGCAAUAUCUGGACUAAAGCUAAUCGAACAAGGUCUACCAAGAGAGAAACUUGUUUUCAUUGGAGUCCUACUUUUACCGCUUGAAGUGAUUUUACCACUGCUUAUUACCCAAGUGACAAAUGGGCCGAGAUUAUUAAAAUAUUAUACAUGGGCUUUUUUACCUCGUUUACUUCUAGCAACAUUAUCUGUUCCAUUGAUUUAUUUUGCACCGUACUUUAAAAUUUCAAAUCAAAUCCAUUCAAUCAUUCGUAAUAAUCAUACAUUAGAAGAGUCAGCUCCCAUCCUUGAAUCAACUACAACUCAUACAUCAUUCUCAUGGCUUUUCUAUGGUAUCAUGAUUUGUCAUUUGGCUGUGUAUUCAGUAUUCUCUACUGUGAUGUUUAUUACUCAAGUAUCAUUUCAUGCAAAAAUAAGUGAUCCAGCUGUAGGUGGAACUUAUAUGACGUUGUUAAAUACUGCAGCUAACUUAGCUACAAGUUUGCCGAAUACUCUCUUUUUAUCACUCGUCGAACCACUUACUCUACGAAAAUGCUCUGGAGCUGAUUUACUAAAAGCUGGGUUAUUAUCUUUACGAACUAAUUCUAUUCACCCUGUUAAUACAAUGAAUAUAACUCAUCCUAUACAAUAUUCAAAUGAUGAGAUUUAUAGAAAUGGACAGUUAUGGUUGGCUAAUAAUGCUACCUGUGAGAAUUCUAAAACUAUUCAGGCUUGUCUUGAUAUCAGUGGGACAUGUUCAAAAUUACUGGAUGGUUUCUAUGUUGAAGUUGGAUUAUGUUUGCUUUUCGGACUGGUUACAUUCCCAACAAUAGUACUUCCUUAUGCUAAGCAUCUUGACAAUCAACCUAAUGAAGCGUUUACUUUUCGUCCUUCAUCAUCACUAGCCAAACAUCAAAGUAGAAUUGAUAAUAAUGAGACAAAAAAAACUAGAAAGGAUUGAAAGAAAGUUUCAGAACUAAAGUAUAAUUUGUUUACCCUUUUGUGAAUAUAAUUCCCACCAUGUUGCACUGUUUUCUUGUUUGUUACUUUGCCCAUUUUUAUUAUAUACAUUGAUGUGGAUGUUAUCUUACUUUUCACUUUCUAUGUGAAUGUUUUUCCACGAAAUAUUCAUCGCUGUGAAUUGGCUUCUCUCUGAGAUGUAGAUUUAUAACUCAUAUAUAUACACACAUACGCAUACUCACAUGUAUGUCCUAUCCUGCCCUUUCUACACAAUGACACUGACGACGAUACUGGUAGUUUGAUAUUUAAUUAGGCAUAAAGUGUUAAAGUUCAUUAUUACAUCUUAAUUAUUUUGUGUUAUGUGUAUACAGAAAGGUAAUUAUAAAUUUCACGUUGUAGAUUGUUAUUUAUUUCAUAAUAUUACUUCUAUUAUUUUUGUUAUUUACAUGUGCAAAUUCUCUGUACGUGGGUGUUAAUAACCGAAUGG